AUUAGUUUGUUGUAUUAAAGUUGACUUUAACUCUCUAAGCGCUCUUGACUUAUCAGACUAUUGUCCCUUCAUCAAUAACUUGAUGUGGUCUAGGCUCAUACCACGUUCCUCCUUUGGGACGGCGCAUGUCAGUCGACAUAUCUUGCGAACAAGCCAAGCCAGAUAUCUAUCAACACCGUCAAAUUAUCGGGUAGUUGAGCACACUGUUGAUUGCAGUCAUUCAAGAGAAUAUCUCGCUGAAACUGCUAAUGGCGAUGAAGGCAUACCAAAGCUUGCAGUGAAGCAAUACAUUCCCAAGGAUAACCCAAUCCCUCAAGCCGGUGAUGUGACUAUCAUCGGUGCUCAUGCAAAUGGGUUUCCGAAGGAACUCUACGAGCCACUGUGGGAUGAGCUUUACGACCAAGCAAAGCGAAAGAAUGUUCGGAUACGAUCGAUCUGGAUCGCAGAUGUUUGGAAUCAAGGUCAAUCAGGGGUUAUUAACGAAAACAUACUCGGCAAUGACCUCAGUUGGUUUGACCACGCAAGAGACCUAAUGAAUCUUAUCAACCAAAAUCAACGAGACAUCCCUCAUCCUAUCGUUGGUAUUGGUCAUAGUAUGGGUGGAACUCAGCUGGCACAAUUGGCACUCUGGCACCCUCGGCUCCUAGACUCGUUAGUACUUAUUGACCCGAUAAUCCAAAUACCAAACCCAAGCAUUUCCCUAGCCGGUCUUUCUACAAAGAGACGGGAUAUCUGGCCAUCAAGAGAAGAUGCUGCUGCAAGGUUCAAGCAGAGUAAAUUCUUCCAGUCUUGGGAUCCUCGUGUUCUCGACCUUUGGAUUGAGCAUGGACUUCGAGAUAUCCCAACUGAGCUUCAUACGAGAGAAGAGGGCUCAACUUCAGAUGAGCGAGUUACGCUUACGACUUCAAAGCAUCAAGAGCUUUUCAGCUUCGUCAGACCAAAUUACCUAACAAGAGAUUGGGAAUCAUUCAACGAUCAAGAUCCAGAGCAGAACCUAAACUGUCCUGGGUAUCCCUUCCAUCGUCCAGAGCCACCAAAGAUCUUUCGCCACUUGCCUGAGGUUCGACCAAGCACGCUAUUCGUCUUCGGAAAGCACUCAGAGUUCUCAUCACCGGAACGACGACGAGAGAAAAUGAGCACAACAGGGACUGGAGUUGGGGGCAGUGGAGGCUCAGCUGUUGGUAAAGUUCAGGAGGAGAUUCUUGACUGUGGCCAUUUGAUACCGAUGGAGAAGGUUUCUGAGUGCGCAGGUGCCAUCUCGUCAUUCGUUGGGAAAGAAAUGACACGAUGGCGUGAUCAGCAAGAAUCUUUCAAGAAAUACCGUGGAAGCAUGUCAAGACGACAGCAAAUCACGAUUGAUAAGCAGUGGGAGAAAAAGGUUAAGCUCGGCGAUGUCUACUUAAAGAAGUGAGAUUCCCCGCGUCACGUGAUCUGCAAGUCUGGCAACUGUACAAGUCAAUAGACUUUUGAUAGAGCAAAAAUAGAAUGGAUGUGAUUUAUGAUGC